GAGCCAAUAAAAGUCACUUUUCUAAGGCGCGGUCUUCUCUCCUGAUUUGCUUCACCACAACUCCACGGAGCAGAUGGAGUGUUGGCGCCCUCUUGUGAAAAUGCGGUCAUCCACUGGAGAGUCCCGUCGUCACCGCCACUCGGUCCUGGACACCGGCAGCGCAGCGGGAGCUCUCGACUGCGACCGCCGUCUUUGUGGCGCCAGCGGAGCCGCCCGGGGGGAGGUCCGCGCACACGCACGUGGAUUCGGAUGACGCGAAAGGGUUCGGACGAACAGGACACCCGGAUCAGGUUCUGACCCGGGCCCAGGUCUGGAUGUGAGAUCUGAUCUGAGUGGGAAAUGCAGCCCCACCUUUGCCUGCUGCUUCUUGUCUUCACGACAGAUGAGACCUGGUCGCUCUGCGGCGGAGACAUCCGUCUGGAUCAGAACCGGCCCGCGGGUCACGUCUCUCUCAUCAUCCCUGGAAUCCGGAGUCACGUGACCCGCCCGGCCCCUCAGCGGACCUGCCUCUGGGUCCUGGGCCUCCCGGAGGGCCGCGCCGUGCGCCUGGUCCCUGGGAGCGGCGUGAGCGUGACGGCGGGAUGUCCCGGCGACCCGGUUCUGGAGCGCUCCGGCGCCAUCCUGCUGUCUGGCUGCGACAGAGCGCACCUGACCUGGACUGGAUCAGCUGACUCCGCAGAGGUGAUCCAGCUGCAGUACUCUGUUCUGAACAGUGAACAGAACCGCUCCAGUCCGCCUCCAAGAACCUCCGUCCCUCAGGAGUCCUGGGUCACCAACUUGGAAGUCAGAGUCCGUCCCACCACUGCAGACCCGGGUCCUCGGGCGGCCUCCUGCUCACCAGCACCACAGUGGACAACUCUUCCUGAGGAAGCAGCCAACAAUGGAGCGGAAACAUCUGGAGCCUCUGCCACGCCACUCUCUUUCCACUCGGUGGCCUCUCACACACACACCGUGAACCCGCACUCAGUGGACCCACACACCUCGGACCCACACACUGUGGACUCACACACCACUGACUCACACACCUCGGACCCACACACCUCGGACCCACACACCUCGGACCCACACACCACUGACCCACACACCUCGGACCCACACACCUUGGACCCACACACCUCGGACCCACACACCGUGGACUCACACACCGUGGACUCACACACCGUGGACCCACACACCUCGGACCCACACACCGUGGACUCACACACCGUGGACCCACACACCUCGGACUCACACACCACUGACUCACACACCUCGGACCUACACACCUCGGACCCACACACCACUGACUCACACACCACUGACCCACACACCUCAGACUCACACACCUCGGACCCACACACCUCGGACCCACACACCUCAGACUCACACACCUCGGACCCACACACCUCGGACCCACACACCUCGGACCCACACACCUCGGACCCACACACCUCGGACCCACACACCUCGGACUCACACACCACUGACUCACACACCACUGACCCACACACCUCGGACCCACACACCUCGGACCCACACACCUCGGACCCACACACCUCGGACCCACACACCUCGGACCCACACACCGUGGACUCACACACCUCGGACCCACACACCACUGACUCACACACCACUGACUCACACACCACUGACUCACACACCUCGGACCCACACACCUCGGACCCACACACCUCGGACCCACACACCGUGGACUCACACACCUCGGACCCACACACCUCGGACCCACACACCUCGGACCCACACACCACUGACUCACACACCUCGGACCCACACACCUCGGACCCACACACCUCGGACUCACACACCACUGACUCACACACCACUGACCCACACACCGUGGACCCACACACCUCGGACUCUGUGGCUCCGCCCACCGUGGACUCACUCACAGACCAACUGGGCUCAGUCUCUCAAACACGGGCGUUGCCCCUGACAACCAGCGAGCUGACUGUCUCCCCUGAGCUCGGGACACCUGCCCGGGUCUGGACCGUCACUCCUCACAGAGAGGGACCCCCGACUGAGCGGGGCCCCCGCGAGGGCGCGGCGCCGCCCACCGCCAGCCUCCCUGGACGGGCAGCCUCCACCUCCCAGAAGAUGCUUCCCGGGCCGGUCACCAGCAGCGGACCUCGCUCUCCUCCACCCAAGUUCUUCAUCGUUCCAGACCAGCCAGCCACCAUCAGAGUGAAGACGGUGGAGCUGCUGCUGCAGAUGGUGGUGGAAGAUCCCAGAGCCGCUGCACCCGCAGGUCUGCAGGAGGCCACUUCAGCCUGGGUGGCGCCGUACCUGCAGAGGGCGGCAGGAUUCACCCGGGUGCUGGACGUCUGGAGCAGCGGGCGCGCGGUGCAGAGUCUGCUGGAGUUCCGCACCAGUGGCGCCCUCCAGUGGAUGGGCUCCUCGGCCUCCUUGCUGCACACCACCGGCCUGGAUCUGGCGCUCCGUGACGGGACGCUCUUCAGGAAGUCCAGGCUCAGCAACAUCACGGUGGGAGGGCUUCACGCCGACGUGUGCCACUGGCUGCUUCAGUGUCCUGCAGGCUUCAACUGUCGCUCCCGGUCUGGAAACUUCAGCUGCUCCUCCGUCUGCCACAGCGACCACUGCCAGCACCAGGGCCUGUGCACACACCACACGCAGCACCUGCCCGUCUGCCGGUGCCUGGUGGGAGACGACUUCUGGUUCAUGGGUCGGCGCUGCGAGGUCCGGAUGACUCGGGCGCGGCUGGUGGGCAUGUGCCUGGCCGGCGUGCUCCUGGUGGCGGCCGUCAUCGGCGCGCUGGCCCUGGCGGCGGUGAGGCGCUACAGAGCGGCUCUGAUCCGGGCCAAGGUGGAGCAGACCCGCAGCAGCUACCACAGGUUCGACCGCUUCGACGAGCUGUCGGCUCGGUUGUGGGCGCGCGGCUCGGCGGACUCACUGGACGACGGUGACGAGCUGCUGCACCUGCGGGCGCCGGAGCGGCCCUGCUGUUACCAUGACGACACGCUGUCGCUGCCGUCCACCUGCCCCAGCCACCUCAACACGGUGUACAGCGCUCAGACGGGGCGGCGGGGCAGCGAGGCCGACGCGGCCCUGGACUCCGGCAAGGUCAGCGACCUCUCCGUCUGCAGCUGGACCCUGGAGCCCAUCCACUGGACGCCCUUCCCGCUGCUGCAGCAGCUGGCGAGUGCCUCGGUGGAGCUGGAGUCCCGGGAGUCCAGGCCCGGGUCCUGCUGUGAGGCCCUGGAGCCUCUGUCCAGCAGAAAUAAAAGCUGA